AUGAAAGUAUUCCAAUUCAAACCCCACAAACUCUAUAUAAACAAUUCCCACUACUAUCCCAUUUCCAACAACAAAUCACCAAUCCUUUAUCCUAAACCCCAAUAUUUCAAUUGCAUCAAAAACACCUCAAAGCCUUUCAAAAGCCAAAACAAAGGUUGCCAAAAAAAUGGAAGAAGAUGGAGAGGAUCACACCCCGUUUUGGGUCCAAAGCACUACCAAACUCCGCCGCUCCGACCGCCUCCGCCGCAGCGUCGCAGCCGUGUUCUUCAGCUCGGGCUGGUGGUUUUCCUCCUGGUGGUAGCAGCUGUCUUUUUCUUGGCUUUUGUAGUGGCAUCCACCAUUUCAUUUAGUGCCACCAUAUUUAGGCCAAAUAGUGUCAAGAAAAGCUGGGAUUCUUUGAACAUUGCUCUUGUUUUAGUUGCUGUGGUUUUUGGGAUUCUUAGCAGAAACAGAAACGAAGAGAGAUCUUCUUCCUUUGAUGAGUUCCAAUCUUCUCCCAUUAAAGGAAAUGAAUCCCAGAAAUCGAAUCCAUCCACGCCGCAGAAAUGGUUCGAUUAUUCGGCAAAUGAAGAAGAAAAAUCGAGUCUUUAUGAAUAUCAAAUUCAAGAUUCUCAUCAGCCUAAAUUUGAUCAGAAAAUUUCGAAUUUGAGAAGAAGCUGCAGCUCUUACCCUGAUUUGCGUGAAUUCCCAUCUUCUUCUUCGACAAAUUGGAGCUAUGGAGAUUAUCAAAUGCGAUUUUUUGAUGAUUUUCACGUCGAUUCGAGCCCGGGGCAGCUCCGCCGUUACCGGAGCUUGGGGCGGGUUGAUUAUCCGACGUCGCCGCCGCAAAUUAAGACUCUGGUUGUUGAUACAUUAGUGAAUAAAACCUGCCCAGAAAUUAAAAGUUUUCCGGCGGAAUUAUCGCCGCCGGAAGAUGAUGCGAUUGCGGAGAAGGUGGUUUAUGAGAGCGUGGCGGUUAGGGAUGAGAAAUCGAGCAGGAGAUUUUACAAAGAUUUGGAAAUCACGAAUUGGGUUUCGGCGGCGGCGCCGGCGGCGGAGGAAUCUCAGCCGCCGGAAUUACAAGAAAGUCAGAAACGGAGCCGUGAAAGAGCGGCGCGGAGGAAGGAAAGGUCGAGCAGAAGACAGGUUUAUGAAAAUGUGGGACCCACUAAUCCGAUUGCGACGCCACCACCGCCGCCGCAGCAGCAGAUGAUGAUCGGCGAAAGUGAGAGAAGACGAGGCGGCGCGACGGCGGCGAAUUCGAAAAAAGUCUUCUUGAAUUCUCUCUACAAGAAGAAGAAGAGGCAGCUAAAGAGCGUAGAAAAUGUGGAGUCUCUUCUCCGGGGAGCUCCGCCGCCGCGGAGCUACCAAAUUCCCCCGGCGCCGCCGUUGGUCUUCCACACGCUGUUCUCUUCCAAGAAGCCCAAAGGGAAAAAGACUGUGACCGUCUCACUAGAGCCCCUCCCGAGAUCUCCGCCGCCGGUAUCGCCGCCGCAUGAGGCGGCGCGUGAGACUGAACCCACUUCACACGCGCCGCCACCGCCCACCUACAGCCCACCAAAACCAGUAAAGAUUACAAAUUUCGACGGAGCAGAAGAAGCCCAGGACAGCGGCGGCGAGUCCCCGUUCCGCCGGAUUCCGCCGCCGCCGCCUCCUCCGCCGUUCUCGAAAACUCCGGCGUGGAAGUUCGUGGUGCAAGGCGACUACGUGAGAGUCAACAGCUCGAGGAGUGGCUCGCCGGAACUCGACGAAACGGACUCCGACAUCACGCCGUCGGCGGCUGACGGCGGCGGCGCGGCAGCGGCGUUGUUCUGUCCGAGCCCAGAUGUGAACUCGAAAGCUGAAAGCUUUAUUACUAAGUUUCGGGCCAACUUGAAGCUCGAGAAGAUCCACUCCAUGAAGAAAAGAGACGUGGGCCCAUCUAGUCUCGGCCCGGGCUUGGGCCCAAAUCAGAUUUAGUGCUUUCUAUUGUUUAAAAGAUCGAUUUGAUUGAUUGAUUGAUUAUUCCAAUUUUGGAUUUUAUUUUGAAAUAUUAAUAAGGAUAUUAUAUUUGUAUGUUGCAUAUAGGUGGAUAA